UAAAAAAUCUGUAAAGUGGAGGACGAAAAUUCAGUUGUAGAGGUUUCUACAACUUCGCUUUCGUAAAAUUAAUGCUCGUACUGGAAAUAUGUGUAUAUUUUGCAUUUAAAAUGGUUGUGUUGUUUAGAUAUUAAGGCUUUGAAAUCAAGAAGAGUGAGAUGGAUGAGGCAUGUAGCAUGCGUGAUGAAAAAUUUCAAAUAGAUACAGAAGUGUAGCUCGAAACUCCGAAUAUUAAUGUGGAUAACGUAGGUUCUUUUUUUUUAAGAGUGUGGAGUGGAUUCUAAUAUUCAUGUGUUUUAAGACUGUGGAAUGGAUUCUUCUGAUUCGGGAUAGGCUUCAGAGGUAUUGACAGUAGUAGCGCUACAAGCAACCCACUACCAUGAUUGGAGGUUUGUUUGUAUAUAAUCAUAAAGGAGAAGUGUUGAUAUCAAGGGUAUAUCGAGAUGACAUUGGGCGAAAUGCUGUGGACGCAUUUCGAGUUAAUGUUAUUCACGCCCGUCAACAAGUUCGUUCUCCAGUUACAAACAUUGCUAGAACUUCAUUUUUCCAUAUCAAGCGAGCAAACAUCUGGCUGGCUGCUGUGACCAAACAAAAUGUGAAUGCUGCAAUGGUGUUUGAAUUUCUUCUGAAAAUCAUUGAUGUUAUGCAGUCAUAUUUUGGAAAGAUUUCUGAGGAGAAUAUUAAGAAUAAUUUUGUUCUUAUAUAUGAACUUCUGGAUGAAAUCUUGGACUUUGGAUAUCCUCAGAAUUCUGACACUGGAGUUUUGAAGACGUUCAUUACACAACAGGGUAUUAAAUCACAGACAAAAGAGGAACAGGCACAAAUCACAUCUCAGGUUACUGGACAGAUUGGCUGGCGACGGGAAGGAAUUAAAUACAGACGCAAUGAACUUUUUCUUGAUGUUUUGGAGUAUGUCAAUCUUCUUAUGUCUCCCCAAGGUCAAGUUCUGUCAGCACAUGUGGCUGGAAAAGUUGUCAUGAAGUCGUAUCUGUCGGGAAUGCCAGAAUGCAAAUUUGGGAUCAAUGACAAGAUUGUAAUGGAAGCAAAAGGAAAGGGUCUAAGUGGUGGCACUGAUGAUCCAGCUCGAUCUGGAAAACCAGUUGUAGUGAUUGAUGACUGCCAGUUCCACCAAUGCGUGAAGUUGUCGAAGUUUGAGACAGAGCACUCCAUUAGUUUCAUUCCACCUGAUGGAGAAUUUGAACUGAUGAGGUACCGAACAACAAAGGAUAUCUCCUUACCUUUUCGUGUGAUUCCAUUGGUUCGCGAGGUUGGCCGCACUAAAAUGGAAGUGAAAGUUGUUUUAAAGUCAAAUUUUAAGCCAUCAUUGCUGGGACAGAAGAUUGAAGUGAAGAUCCCUACACCUUUGAAUACAUCAGGUGUUCAGUUGAUUUGCUUGAAGGGAAAGGCUAAAUAUAAAGCAUCAGAAAAUGCCAUUGUUUGGAAGAUCAAGAGAAUGGCUGGUAUGAAAGAAACUCAGUUAUCUGCAGAGAUUGAACUUCUUGAAACUGAUACAAAGAAGAAAUGGACUCGACCUCCAAUUUCAAUGAAUUUUGAGGUCCCUUUUGCUCCUUCUGGGUUUAAGGUUCGAUACCUGAAAGUGUUUGAACCAAAACUCAACUAUUCAGACCAUGACGUUAUUAAAUGGGUCAGAUAUAUUGGUCGCAGUGGGUUAUAUGAGACACGUUGUUAAUUGUAGAAGGACUGGUAUAAUUCAGACAUUAAGUCUCAACAGGAAAUGUAAUAAAUGUCCAGAAUGAUAUAGGAAGCAAGAAGGAAAUGCCAUUCCUAUUAACAAUUCCAUGUGGCUAAUAACAAAAGAUACUAAUGUAAAAUGUCUCUCUGAAGGCCUUGAAUUAGUAAAUGUCAAAGCUUUAUUUUUUCUUUGGAUGUAAGCUUGUUUCCAUUAGAAUGACUAAUGUUAAUUGUUGCAAAUAAAAUUAAAUGACAGUAUUUGGUUUAUUGUUAAUAAGGUAGAAACAGUGUAUGUAUAUGUAAAUGCUGAUUUGUCAUGUAGUAUGCAGUGUUAAAUAUAUAACAAAGUGUUUAUCGUCAGAGAUCCCCAAACUGUAUUGGUGUCCCAUAGUUGAUUACAGAGCAGAUAUGGUGGUUUAGAAACAGAACAUCAGUACAUGCAUGUAGACAUGUACAGUGAUCAUGUCAGUUGUGUGCAUAUUGGUAUGGAAUAUGACAGUGUUUCGUACAUAAAUGUUGUGGGAAACAGAAGUCAUUGUGUAUUGCCUUUACAGCAUUGAAUUUCCUUGAUUAUGUUAGUAGUAUGGACCAUUGAUUUUGGAAUGGUAAUAAUGAAAUUAUGGAUAGUGGUAAGUAAAAUGAGUAAGAGUACACUCACAUCUGCAAAGAUAUUCAUGAAUCUGAACAUUGCUUAAGCUGUAGCUUAUUUUGCAAUGUUCAGAACAUGAUGUGGGCAUUUACUGGAAUUAUGGCAGGUUUGAAGAUGAAUGCAGUUGGUUGUUCCAUUUAGAUUGCAGUUUGAGUAUUGCUGAUAUGCAUAUUUGAUACUGAUGCUUCUGUUUUUAAUGAGAAGUGUGAGCAUAGUGGAUGCCUCCUGGUAUGUAUGGGUGAUGUUAGAUCCCAGCAUUUGGAAAUAAAAUACUUACAGUGCCAGAAAG